GUAAUUUUACCGGUCACCCAGAGCCCAGAGCGCAGUUUGUCACACAAAGGUCUGUAAAGUACACGUGUCACAGUGACAUUAUUUUUAAAAUAUAUUAUCUGUAUCGUGUAACUUGUUUACAAGCCUUGUUUUGUUUUAAUUUCGUACCGCAAUGGGCAAGGUAGCGACAGCAGAUGCUCUUAGAUUUAUGACGGAUUGCUUAAAAGCCGUCGGAGCUGCAGCUAAAGCAGCACAGCAGCAGGCUGAGCUGCUCAUUGAGGCGGAUAGAGUGGGACAUCCAAGCCAUGGACUUAACAGAUUGGAAUUUUACGUCAACGAUAUCAUAUCCGGAGCAUGCAAACCAAACAAUCAGCCAAAGAUUUUGAAAGAAAAUGCAUCGACAGCGUGGGUGGACGCCAACAAUGUGCUAGGAGCUACCGUGAGCCACUUCGCGAUGGAUGUAGCUAUAAACAAGGCGAAACAAACCGGCGUUGGAUGGGUGACCGUAAAAGGUUCAAAUCACAACGGCAUGGCUGGCUACUGGUCUAAGAAAGCCGCAGACAAGGGUUUUAUCGGGAUGGCGUUCACAAACACGUCGCCGCUACUCGCCCCCACGAGAAGUAAAAAGGCAGCCUUAGGAACAAAUCCUCUAUCAGUAGCUGCUCCGGGAUCAGACAGAGAAACUUUUUAUUUGGAUAUGGCAACAACGGCCGUUGCUGUUGGGAAGAUAGAAAUGCAAAUGCGUAAAGGCGAACCACUGCCAAAAGGUUGGGCCCAAGACCCCGAUGGUAAAGGGACGCAAGACGCUGAGCUGGCUUUCAAGACGGGCUGCUUAAUGCCACUCGGUGGAGGAGAAGAUACGUCUGGAUACAAGGGAUACGGACUCGCAGCUAUGGUAGAACUGUUUUGUGGAAUAUCAUCAGGUUCGAACUACGGACACAAGAUUCGCUCGUGGUCCCACAGCGGGGAAGGUGGUCCAGCUAACUUGGGCCAUUGUUUCAUAGCUGUGGACCCGGAAAACUUCGCUCCAGGUUUCGGUGACAGAUUAACAGAAUGUAUGCGACAUUGGAGAGGAUUAGAACCGGCAGAUACAAGCCUGCCAGUGUUAGCGCCAGGUGACAAAGAGAAAAAAGCAUCACAACUUACAGAUUCAAGCGGAACUGUUUCCUAUGUGAAACAGCAACUGGAUUCCAGUGCGGCUCUCGCUAAGAAACUGUCAGUUAAGCCGAUGAAAGUUAUAGAGAAAUGAAAUGCAAAUGCAAUAGUUGAAGCAACCGCUGUUGGCAAAUUAGAAUAAUAUAUUUUACAAUAAAUUGUUGGGAACAUAUAUAGUAACUAUUUAUAUAUUGUAAAAAAAUAUUGCUUAUGUUAUAAUCUGUUUAUACUGUACCUUAAUAUGCAUGUUGUGGCCGUCUUUAAAAGUCGCACAUUUUAUGUAAGUUGAAUGUGUUUGUUUUUUUUUUAUUACAUGUAAAAGUGUGGUGACUGCUGAUGGUCCUUAAUAAAAUAAAAUAUUGUAUUGUUAUGCAUAAUAAGGUCCAUUUGGUUUGCAUGUCUAAUUAAACCUUUAUCGAACUACAUGUUGAAGAUUUGAGUGAUAUUCUAGAUUUUUCUUCAUGGUUUUACUUUAGUGUAUAGUGUAAAUAAAAUAUACGAACU